AUGAAGGUAUUCGUAGCUAUCCUGGCCUUGGCCGUGGCCUCGGCCUCCGGCGCAGCCAUGACCCGUCCCGGCACCCAGCAGGUGACCCAGAAGGCGACCCAUACCAAGGACAUGCAGGGUCGCAUCACCAACGGCUAUCCGGCGGAGGAGGGCAAGGCGCCCUACACCGUGGGACUGGGUUUCAGUGGUGGCUGGUGGUGCGGUGGCUCCAUCAUCGCCCACGACUGGGUCCUCACCGCCGAGCACUGCAUCUCGGAUGCUGAUUCCGUGACCGUCUACUUCGGAGCCACCUGGCGCACCAACGCACAGUACACCCACUGGGUUGGCAACGGCAACUUCAUCAAGCAUGGUUCCGCCGACAUCGCCCUGAUCCGCAUCCCGCACGUGGACUUCUGGCACAUGGUCAACAAGGUGGAGCUGCCCAGCUACAACGAUCGGUACAACGACUACAACGAAUGGUGGGCAGUGGCCUGCGGAUGGGGAGGCACCUACGAUGGCAGCCCUCUUCCCGACUACAUGCAGUGCGUCGAUCUGCAGAUCAUUCACAACUCGGAGUGUUCCGGCUACUACGGCAGUGUGGGCGACAACAUCAUCUGCGUGAGGACUCCCGAUGGCAAGUCCACCUGCGGCGGAGACUCUGGCGGUCCUCUGGUCACCCAUGACGGCACCAAGCUCGUGGGCGUCACCAACUUUGGAUCCGUCGCCGGCUGCCAGUCGGGUGCUCCUGCUGGAUUCCAGCGCGUCACCUACCAUCUGGACUGGAUCCGCGACCACACUGGCAUCUCCUACUAA